CUCACACAGAUGCUGUGGACCCUGCACACCCUCUGGGGCUGAUCUGGUUUGAGAGGGCUGGAGUGAUGUGCUUGAGUUAUAGGUUUGAAACUUAGUGUCAAGGGAUGUGGCAUAAGUUUAAGGAUAGAAGCCAGGGGUCCUGGACAGAGGAUGGGGAGAAGAGGUUCAGAGUUAGGCAGUCAAUAUGGAUGUACAGUAUCAGGUGGGUAGAGGGAGGCUGGAGGGCAGACACAGCUCUGACAACGGUCAGACACAGCUCCAUUCAUUCAACACUCAGAAAAGCCAAAGAAUCCGGUGCACAGUUACCAGAGGAGACUUCCUCUUCAAAUUCCUGGUGAUUGGCAGUGCUGGAACUGGCAAGUCAUGUCUCCUCCAUCAGUUUAUUGAGAAUAAGUUCAAACAGGACUCCAACCACACUAUCGGCGUGGAGUUUGGAUCCAGGGUGGUCAACGUUGGGGGGAAGACUGUGAAGCUACAGAUUUGGGACACUGCUGGCCAGGAGCGGUUUCGGUAGGUAGCCGGGUU